UAUUGAGGACAAACUCAUCAUUAAAGUGCCUUCAGCAAAAGCAACCAAAUCCAUCAACACCUUCCAUUUCAUUCUCCCUCUUCUUCAUCUGACGGUCCAUAUUUCACCACGUACACCUUUCCUCGAUGAAUACCCCAUCUCAUCAUUUCGAACACAGCAACGCUCUCUCACUCGAAGAGAAAAAAAAUAAAAACAGAAAAGCUCUCUCAGAUUCACAGGCAAUCCAACAAUGGCGUCUAUGCUGUCUCUGAAACUGGUUCUGAUCUCUACCGGUGUGUUAACCAUGGCCAUGGCGUUGAAGGUCUCAGUCUCUGUGGUAUCGGAUUUCGUGGUCUCGGAAGUCCCUUCCAUUUGGAGCAUCGUGCUGACUUGGCUGAGGCCUCCUUACCUCUACAUCGUCAUCAACUGCAUCAUCAUCAGCAUCGUCGCUUCCUCCAAGCUCCACACCAGGACCGAAGAAGAUCCGGCGCCGGAGAUGGUUCCGCUUACUCCUGUGCCGGUUGUGGAGGUCUCCGAUGACGUACGGAUCAGCGAUUACAGUGACGUGUACGAAAACGGCGUUGUUUUGAGUGGUGGAGGAUUAGGAUACAGUGUUGGUUACGAUGCGGCGGAGAAGAAAGUGAUGGACGGCGGUGAUGAUGAGGCUAAGGUGGUGGCGUCGAGGCCGGUAGAGAGGAAAGAUUCAAUGGAGCUUUCGUUUUUGAAUAAGGAGAAUGAGAAACCGCCGGUUUCUGCGAGAUUCGCUCACCGAAAAGCUGUGAAAGCUAGUCCUGAAGGUGAAGGAAUGCUGAAGAAUGUAACUGCAGAAGGAAGGACUAGGCGAGUUCUCCAAGAUAUUGGUAAUAUGGUUGCUGAGAGAGCUGUGGAAGUGAAGCUUCAAGCUCAGCCCAUUACAAGGGCUUUUUGUACAGAACUAAUUGCUAAUGCACAAACAGCAGCAGAGAAGAACAAGUUGCAGAAACCAAUUAAAGAUGCUUUAGGUGCAGUAGCUGGAUAUGGGGUUGUUGUGAAGAAAGGCGGUGUAGCAACAAAGGUGGCAGCAGCUCAAAAGAUUGUCAAGAUGCCUAAUCCUGAGGAGGUGAUUGUUAUUAGCUCAGAUGAAGAGGAUGAGGGUAAAUGUGCUGGUUCAAGAAAAUCAAAGGAUGGGCCUUCAAGGAAGAAUGUCAAGACCCUCACUGCUCGAAGCAAGGCUGCUUGUGGAAUCACCAAAAAGCCCAAGGAUCUGAUAGAAAAUAUCGAUGCUGCUGAUGUUGACAAUGAAUUGGCGGUGGCUGAAUAUGUGGAUGAAAUGUACAAGUUCUUCAAAGAGACUGAGGAUUUGAGUCAAGUGCAUGACUACAUGAUUAAGCAGACACACAUAAAUGCUAAGAUGAGAUCAAUCCUUGUAGACUGGUUGAUAGAGGUUCAUCGCAAAUUUGAACUCACGCCAGAGACCCUGUAUCUCACAAUAAAUAUUGUGGAUCGAUUCCUUUCAAUAGUGGUGGUAUCUAGGAGGGAACUUCAGUUGGUUGGAAUCAGCUCAAUGCUAAUUGCAAGCAAGUAUGAAGAGACUUGGGCACCAGAGGUCAAUAACUUUGUUGGCAUUUCAGACAAUGCCUAUCUUAGGGAACAGAUAUUGGUCAUGGAGAAAACAAUCUUGGAAAAGCUGGAAUGGUUAAUGACGGUCCCUACUCCUUAUGUUUUCCUUGUUAGAUAUAUCAAGGCCUCUGUGCCAUCUGAUAAGCAGAUGGAGAAUAUGGUGUUUUUCUUAGCUGAACUUGGUCUACUGCACUAUCCUACUAUAACUUCAUAUUGCCCCUCAAAGAUUGCUGCUUCUGCUGUUUAUGCUGCACGAUGUACCCUUGACAACAGCCCUUCCUGGAAUGAAACUCUAGAGCACUACACAGGCUAUUCUGAAUGCCAGCUAAAGGAUUGCGCGGAGCUCUUGGUAAGCUUACAUUCUGUGGCUGCAGAAAGUAAGCUCAAGGAAGUGCAUGGGAAAUUCACAAGUUCAGAUAGGGGCGCUGUUGCUCUUCUCACCCCAGCCAAAAGCCUGUCAAGCAAAUCAACUUGAAAAAACUUGUAUUCAACUUAGAUGAUGGCAUUAGUUACCAGUAUGUCACGCCACUCUUGGUAAGCUUACAUUCUUUGGCUGCAGAAAGUAAGCUCAAGGCAGUGCAUAGGAAAUUCACAAGUUCAGAUAGGGGCGCUGUUGCUCUU